AUGAGCCGUAGCGGGGGCAUCCUCGGCUGCGGCCGGCGUCUUUCUGCGCUCGGGGUCUUGCCGCCCAAGGGUUCUCUAGCUGGCAUCAAGCGGCUUCUUUCCACAGCCGAGUUCAGACCUCGAAUAUGUAUUGUAGGCAGUGGACCAGCUGGAUUCUACACAGCACAACAUCUCCUGAAGCAUCACAAACAGACUCAGGUGGAUAUUUAUGAGAAGUUACCAGUUCCGUUUGGCUUGGUUCGUUUUGGAGUGGCUCCUGAUCACCCAGAAGUCAAGAACGUGAUCAACACAUUUACCCAGACAGCCCACUCCGACCGCUGCUCCUUUGCUGGAAAUGUGACUGUGGGGAGGGAUGUAACUGUGGAGGAGCUGCAGAAGGCCUAUCAUGCGGUAGUCUUGACAUCCCAAGACCAAAGAAACGCCUGAUGGAGCUGAUGACCAAGACAGCUUUGGAAGAACCACCUGAGGAAGUGGGUGGCCGCUGGGCUUCAGCAUCCAGAGAGUGGAGAUUGAAGUUUCUGCGCAGUCCAGUGGAAGUGUUACCCACCAUGGAUGGCAAAAGAGCAAGAGCGAUCCAGUUAGCUGUCAACAGGUUGGAAGGAGCAGGAGAUGCCAUGAAAGCAGUUCCCACUGGAGAAAUUGAGGAAUUAAGGUCUGGCCUGAUUUUUAGCAGCAUUGGAUACAAAAGCCUUCCAAUAGAUCCUGCAGUGCCCUUUGACAGCAAGCGAGGUGUUAUUCCCAACAAUUCAGGCAGAGUUCUUGGGGCACCAGGGCUCUAUUGCAGUGGCUGGGUAAAGAGGGGACCCACAGGUGUAAUCAUCACAACUAUGAAUGACAGCUUUGACACAGCCCAGUCUGUGCUAGAAGAUCUGCAGUCCGGUGUCUUGCAGCUCUCCAGUGGCAAGGAAGGCUUUGAUUUAGUGAGCCACAUCCUUCAAUCCCGAGGGGUUCACCCUGUUUCCUUUUCGGAUUGGGAGAAGAUUGAUGCUGUUGAAGUGGCAAGAGGCAAAUUGUCUGGAAAGACUCGGGAGAAAAUAGUCGAUCAGGAGGAAAUGAUAGAAUUGAUUGGACAAUGAGACUGGACUUACUCAGGAUUAU